AUGGACUCAGAAUCCACAGAGCAGAGGCGGAUAGAGCUUCAAGGCCCGGAAGACCUCGCCUACCUCCUUUCCAACGUGAGGCGCGCAGCGCAAGAUCACCUCAACGAUGCGUUCCCACCCAUGGAAGGCAACGCCGGUGAUGAGGACGAGCUGAGGAUACAGAUAGAGAAGCAUGUCAAUGAGUAUAUCACAAAGACCUUCACUCACGCCGCGCCGAAUCUCUCCCUGAACGGGCUCCCCGCUGAGCCAAGAGUCUUUCUCGCUCCCGACGCCGACGCACAAGAACAACUAGAGCCGCAAGUCGAAUACGAACCAUGGGAUGCGCGUCUGCGCCAAAAAGUCGAGGAUCUGGCACGCCAGGAAGAGGAACUGCUGAAUGAAAUUGCGGCGCUGAAGAAAACCGUACCGUCAGAUGUGGCGGGAGAGCAGACAAGACGAUUAAAAGAGGCGCGAACGCGGGAUGAAGAAGAAUUGGCGGAGCGGAAACGUCAGGCCGAUCUGGAAAGCGCAGGGCUCGAUGUUGGAGUGCUCGAGAGACAGGAUGGAGUUGAAAGCGCGCAUCGAAGCGCCAUUGAAGGGCUGGGAAAGGUGAAAAGAGAGAUGCCGAGUACCGUGGCAAGAAUGGAGAGGGCUAGAGUGGCAGGCGAGUAUGUUGUUACGGGGAGAUGA